AUCUUGCCAAAAGAUUUGACAAACAAUGCAAUGAAAGUUUAAUUCUUGAGAAAUUCAAGAACCCUAAGAUAAUGAGGUCGAUAAGGGUUUCAGCUUCCUUCUUCAUUUUCUUGAUCGUCACGGUCAUCACAUUGCCACCAACGAUCCAAGCUUGCACUCCUUGCACUCACCCUCACCCUCCUGUUCCGAAGCCUCCACGUCAUGGUGGUGGUGGCGGCGGCGGUGGUGGAGGCGGUGGCGGUGGCGGUGGAGGUGGAGGUGGAGGAGGAGGCAGCAAGCCACCACCACAUCACGGAGGAAAAGGUGGUGGUAAACCGCCACACCACGGUGGAAAAGGUGGUGGUAAACCGCCACACCACGGUGGAAAAGGGGGAGGACCGCCGCAUCAUGGUGGUGGUGGCGGGCCACCGCAUCAUGGUGGAGGAGGGAGAUCACCGCCAUUUGUUAGACCUCCUCCGGUAGUUUAUCCACCACCAAUGGUGAGGCCACCGCCAAUCACAAGGCCUCCUCCAAUCACAAGGCCUCCUCCGGUGGUCUAUCCACCACCAACGGUAAGGCCACCGCCGAUCACAAAACCUCCCGGAAUUCUUCCACCAAUCAUAAGCCCUCCUAUUCAACCACCGCCGGUCACAACUCCUCCGGGACUGCUCCCUCCGAUCCCAACUCCUCCGGGACUGCUCCCUCCGAUUCCAACUCCUCCGGGACUGCUCCCUCCGAUCCCAACUCCUCCGGGACUUCUCCCUCCGAUCCCAACUCCUCCAGGACUCCUCCCUCCGAUCCCAACUCCUCCGGGACUCCUCCCUCCAAUCAUUAACCCACCUCCGGGCACAACUCCACCACCAUCCUCCGGUUAUCCACCUUACCACGGUGGUCCACCUUCCGGAGGAGGUGGUCCACCUCCCGGAGGAGGAGGGGGUGGCGUACAACCAACGUGCCCUAUCAAUGCAUUGAAGCUUGGAGCUUGUGUUGACGUUUUGGGAGGAUUGAUCCAUAUAGGGCUUGGAAAUCCAGUGGAGAAUGUGUGUUGUCCAGUGUUACAAGGGUUACUUGAGUUAGAAGCAGCUAUUUGUCUUUGCACAACCAUAAGGCUUAAGCUUCUCAACUUAAACAUCUUCAUUCCUCUUGCACUUCAAGCUCUCAUCACUUGUGGACUCACUCCUCCUCCUGGUUUUGUCUGCCCUCCUCUCACUUGAUUUAACAAACAACGUACGAUAUAUAUCAAGGGUUUCGAGGGUUUUGUAAUAAUCUAAAUAUAUGUAUAUUUGUGUUCCUUUUGAUGAUGAUCAGGUUUGUUGAUCAUCUAGGGUUUUCAAAAAUGGUUGUUUUUUGUUCUUGUUGUCGUCGUUGUGGUUAAGCUAGGGUUUUUACGUGAGACUUCUUUAGUUGUUUGCUGUAUCUUUCGUUUCGCUUUGUUCCAGCUUCUCGCUGUCCUAUCUAUAUAUUGACUGUUCUAUC